UUGUGCGGACAUAUGGACGGGACUUUAAAUGUAUACCCAUGAGUAUAUGUGUUAAGUGCUGUUAUAUUGCGCUAAUUAAAAUGUGAAUUGUGCCAUAUCGAUGAACACCCCAAUGAUUCGAGCUGAUGAACGAGAUUAGCUGUCGGACUACAAAGCCUAAUCAACCGCAUCAACAACCAGAUCGCGGACAUGUAUGGGUCCCAACUGGUGAACGCUCAAAGGGUCCUUAAUGCAAAGAUCAGCCACUCCAAGCCGAACCCGCACAACUUGACCUUGGCUGAGCGCAUACUGCUCAACAGACGUAGGGGAGGGGAACCAUCUCAGCAAGAAGCGCCCAGGGAUGAUGUUUCCGGCAGCGUUGACAUAUCCGAUCUAACAAACAAACAGGAGGAGAGACGGUCGCCCACACCGCAACCAACACAACCGCGUCGAUCACCGGUAAAGAAACAGGAUUCGAAAAGAACCAUAACAUCGCAAGAACCAGGGCCUUCGAAGGGGAAGUCAGAGACCCCACCAUUGCCACCAAUAACUCCCCGGUCAGUAUCUAAGGUCCAAAGGGUUGAAUCUCGACAAAACACGCCUACUUCGCGUAAAGAAACGCCGGUAUUGCCUCCAAUAACACGUUCUGAUUCCCGUAAAUCGAGAGACAGUAACAAGAACGACCCGGAUAUUAUACCGCCAGAAGACCGGCGACAUUUCGAUCAAGACAUUGGUGUUGGAGACGACGUUUCUGUAAGCAGCUCCCCGUCAACACGAACUGUCACGCCUCAAGGCAGUUCGCCGCCACAACGAACUGUUACGCCUAAAAAGCCAGAAGCUCGCGUGGAAUCAGUUCAGAAAACGAAGGAUGAAAUUAAAUCCAGAGAAACACCCGCUGAACGCGUACGGUCGCCAAAAGCUGAACGUGUACCGUCGCCGAAAGUUGUGGAAAAAGUUGUAGCUACAGUGGCUGCAAGACCGGAAAAGAUACGGUCGCGGUCGAAAACGCGGUCACGUUCCCGUACACGGUCGAGAUCUCGUUCGAGAGAAAAAUCACCCAAAAGAUCACGAUCGAGGUCUAGGUCAAGAAAGAAAGAACGCAAGCGUCGAGCACGGAGUGCGAGCAGUUACAGUCGUUCAAAGUCUCACUCCAGACACCGAUCGCGGAGGUCAAGGUCAAGAAAAAGGUAUCGAUCUACGUCAUCAUCCUACAGCUCAUCCCCUAGGAGGAGCAGACGACGCUCCUAUUCACCAUACAGAAGGCAUAAAUCACGUGGAAGAUCAGCGUCUCGAAGAAGAAGUUUCGAUUAUGAUUUUGAAAGGGCUAAAACGAUAAUACGAAGUUUAUCACGCAUGGAUACGUUCACACGUCCCCCUAGGCAGCGGUCGCCGUCGAUCGAAUACGCGAUUCUACCAGGCCAUGGAGGCAUUUGGCCCGAGCAAAGACCAUAUUCUUCGAAAAAGAAAAAGAUUAUAAUUGUACAGGGCGGUACUGGUGUGAAGAAGACACAAAACAAACGUCGAAACGAUGAGAGUUCUGAUUCGGAUAUAAGUAUCAUUGUGAAGAGUGCGGACAAGAGUAAGAAGAAAAUAACACGUAAAAGCAAGGUUCGAAAGGUUUCACCAUCAGAAAGCAGCGAAAGCGACGAGGAAAAUCAUUCUGUUCGCCGUAAAGGGAAGAAGAAGCAAUCAAAGAAAAACGACGAUAGCGAUGUCUCGGAAUCGGACAAGUCCUCUGAUGACAAAAAUAAAAAGAAAGUCAAACAAGCAAAAGAAGGCAAAGAGAAGAAGAAAAAGAAUAUUCGAUUUGAUUUAAAGGGUGGUAAAAGUAAAGCUGCUGAAAAAAUGAAGGACAAAGAAAAAUUGGAAUCGGAAAUCGAUGACAAUGAACCAAUUGUUGAACCAAUCGAGACCAAAGAAACGGCAGUAGAAACGAAAUCUGGGGUUGCGUCCGCACCAAAACGUUUGUCACCAUCGAUAUCACCAGCAGCCGCGAAGAACACGACGUCUAAUCAAGUGAGGAAACAACCCAAUACCGACGGUAUCAAACGCAAAAAUGACGAUGACCAAGCACUCCGAGAGGCUCUUGAACAGUUGGACAAACGUAACGAUUUUGAACUUGAGCAAUUAAAAGGCGGGACAGUGAGAAAACUUCCGCCGGAAGUUAACAUGGACAUGCGCAAGAAAAUAUUCAGCCAAGAAUUUCAAAAUAACAUAAAUGCGUUCUUGCAAUCAUAAAGCGAGUAUAUACGACUUAAAGGUCAACAUUUUAUUUCUGCAAUCUAAAACCUGGAAAUGAAGUAAACGAUGAACGUUGAUAAAAAAAAAUAAUUAAUUAACCACCUUUAUAAUGUAUCAUCCAUUAUUUGUUUUUACUUUAUAACGAACAAGUUUACGCCGAUGCUGACACGAUUAAUCGUAUAUUUUUAAAAAGAACUAAAUUUUGAUCUAUGUGUCGAAUUAACAAAUCUGCAAUUCGCUGGCUCUGGAAGACUUAUGAGAUAAAAAAGCGUACAUAGUGUUUAAUUUAAAGGAUAAUCCUUACAGAUUUUCAAGGCGAGGUUUCUUACCAUCCGCUUUUCAUUAAGGACAAGUCGUUUGUUGGUUUACUCUGUGACAAAAGUUGGACAAUUGUCAUUUAAAAAAUAUGUUACCAAGUCCAUUUAAUGCAUUCGUAUGACAUAUUUGUGAAAGUAUUAUAAAAAUCUUUUUACAUUAUGAUUGGUCAUAUUUACUUAUUAUGAGCAACAUAUUCGUUAAGAAUGCUGCUUCUUUGUAAAUUGAUAUGUAUUAUCAUAAUAGUAGUUUUGGGCACUAUAUUAUAUUUUCAACGAAACGGUAUUAUUAUUAUGUUGAAAACGAAUGGUGUAAUACCAUAUAAUACAUGGGAAUAGUUUUGCUGCUGUGACUGGAGAUUUGCACGUUUUUUUCUGAAAAAACAUUAGUGAACAUUUUUCUUGAGUAGCAUAAAUGUUAUUAUUAACGUCUGUGCAUUGUGAUAUUUAGUAUACGCAAAGGAUUUAUGUAAUUCUUUUUUUUUCAAGAUAACAAGCUAACUGUUCUGUUAAAAGAAAACAACUCGACGAUGUAUCUUUACGUGUACUUCAUUUACUUAGAUACACGUGCUCAACAAAUUUGAAUUAUUGGGAUUCGGGAACGUAUAUGUUCACUUUUUAAAUAUUAUAUUGUUUAUAGUUUUAAGUUUUUCUCUGUAGACAGUUGUAGACGAAUGUUUUAUUUAUGUUUGAAUAAAAACAACAAAUGUG